AACCGAGAAGGGUAAAAAGGUGAACUCAUAUUUCACAGAACUUCAGCCGUUCCACAAAUCCCGUGAAUCACGCCAUUGCCUUUCGUAAAAAUAUUGUUUGUUACGCUAUACUGGCAAUGAUAUUUUUUCUUUUAAGCAUUAUUUUCACCGAAUAUAGAUUUGAAGAUUUGAUCGCCCUGGUGAUUCGUCAUCGUCUCAAUCGACUGUGAGUUCUGCAUUUUUUUUGGAUUGAAAUAUAAACCGUUCAUGGAUAAAACUUUGCAAUAGAUUUCCUAUCAAGCUACUAGUUAUUACGCUAGUUGGGUUUUACGCAAAUUUGACCUUUUUCGGUGUUGUUAUGCACAUAUCUUAUUCGAUGAACUGCUUGUAUCUGAUAUUCUUUACUGUUCUGUUUUAACGAACUUAUUGUUAUAUAUCAUGAACCAAUAUUCGAACAAUCACUGAUCAUGAAUGCAUGCAAUACAUUUAUUAAAUAAUUUCGUUUGUUGGCAUUCUAAAUUUUAUUAAUGUAUGUUAGUGAUGGAGUUGGAGCAUGGCAAUGAUUUUGUCGUUGCAGAUACAGCAAGUGAUUCUUCAAUUUCACCGGAUAAGAAAAGAAAAAAGUUACUAAAUUCACAGACUUUCAGACGUGAUAAAGGAAAAACACCCAUUUCAUUUCGACCUGCCAGUCGCAUCAAUAUAUUUGAUGUUACCCCUGUCAAAUCCACAGGUUAUAACAAGAAGUAUCCAAACACUAAUGUCAAAUAUUCUGAACCAGUAACCGUAAGGAAUGAAUGCAUUGUUGUUGACGAUGAUAAUGGUGGAGAGCUUGUAAGCAAAGCUAAUUCCAUCGGUUGUCCAUCUCAGAUAACUAGAUCAAAAGUUUUAUCUUUGAAUACAAGGACAACACUAGCAUCAUUCCACGAUUCUUUGUUGAAACUUAAUGCUGCCCAACAAGAUGCAAUUCGAGAUACUGGUUUUGGUUAUCUAUUAGAUUUAACAGUGAAGGAGCUUCCUGGCAGACUUGCAUAUUGGGCACCGAAAAGUUUCAACCCAAAAACUUGUGAACUAGAAAUCAGUUCUAACUUUCGAUUGAAGGUUACAGUAGAUGAUGUUUAUCGUGUAUUUGGUUUACCGAAAGGAGUUCAAAGGAUCAAAAGAUUUGAUCGCCAAACGAACCAUGCGCUAUUUGAUGAGUGGUUUUCCUUGUUUGGUGUUGGGAAUCGCGAUAAAAUCAAGAUUGGGCUUGUACUUAAUGAAAUGGUCCGUUGUAAGAAUGGAGGAACUUGGUUUAAGAGACACUUCAUGAUUGCAAUGUGCUUCUCACUAUUUGAAAGCUUUUCUAAUGGAACAGUUCACCCGCACAUAUUGUAUACUCUGUUUGACGUCGAUAAUCUCGACAAGUGGGAUUGGGCUGAAUAUAUGCUAAGAAGUUUGGUUGAGAAUAGAGACACAUGGAAUGGCAACGAAUCAAAGAUGUAUAUAGGUCCAUCUUUAUUUCUGGUGCUUUUUUAUGUUGAUCGUAUCAACAUCAGUGGAGCAAUCACUAAGAGAGUAUUCCCCGUUUUGUUGAACUGGUCGAGCUAUGAUCUACGCGAAUGCCAGCGAAUAGAAAUGAAAUGACAAAGAUUUGGUAUAGGCAGAUUGCGUGAACCAUUGAAAUUGCCGUCUAGGUAUGGUUCAGAUAAUAAGCACCAACCGAAAUCUCAAGCAAGGAUAUGUGUGGUUGAUGACUACAUUGUCUCCAAAAAACUCAGGGAGGAUGCUAAGAAAGUUGCAAAUGACAUUGCAGCCUUAGGCGUAUUUGCAAACACUGCUUCGUUGAAGGAGAAACAGUCCGAAGUUUUUUAAAGAAAGUGUUGAAGAAGUGUUUAGACUAACUGGUGUGCGUCUAGUCAUAAGUGAACCUAAAACAGAGCCCCAACAGCCUAUUUUUGUUGAUUUGGAAGAUGAUAUAGUUUAUCCAAAAGACUUCUACGUAUAGAUGGAUGCAACAACCUCUGAGGCUAUAUCCAAACAAAAGAGCUUCAAUCCAAAGGAAAUUGGAAUUCCAAGUUUCAAUCUGGACAUUUCAGAUGACGAUUGUGCUAUUGACACGAAGGUUCAAGAAUUUAUUGAAAUUCCUCCAUCGUCAAGUAAGCAAAGUUCGUUCAAGACCAAUUCCAGUGCUAGUAAAGUGAUAGAAAAGAAAAUAGCCUAUAUCACACGCCAACAAAGUUGUAUCAUGGGAAUAAAUGAGAUCAGUUUUUGCUCAAUUGGAUGAGAAUGUAGUUGACUUGCAAUCCGAGGUAUAUUGGUAGUUAUUUUUUUUAAUAGGUUUUUACACUUCUUAAUUUUACUUUUUUGUUUCGUUAUUCUAAGUGGAUAUGACAAUGUUGCUGUAUUUGAAAUAAGGGUGUUGGAGGAGAAUCACCGAUACUUGGGUGUGUGUUGAAGGAUCUUCCUAUUAAGAAACUGAAUUACGGAGCAUAUGAUAUUUAUAAUAUUUUGUGCAUUAAGACUCCGCUCAGCUGUCGAGAAAAGGCCAUUGCCAUGCAUUGUAUGCACAAUGAUUCUCUUGACGAUGGCAUGGUUAUUUUCAUGUUCAAGGAUGUUGAGUUGCAUAGAUAUGAUUUGGUUUCUAUGAGAAGCGAUUGUGUAGUGCAGCCAUCAAUAAUUAAUGCAUGGUCUGUGUUUUUGAAUCACAUGUCUAUAUCUGAUUCUGCGAAACAACCAAUAAGAUUCUUUGCCUCUACAGACGUAUAUAUUGAUUGCAUUUACAACAAUGAAAUGUCGCAUGUAAGUCGUAAAAGAACAUUCUUUGCUGGAUUGGAUCGUGAGUUGCGUUUGUAUCAAACCAAUGCUCUGGGGUUAAUUGACAUGUUCUUCUUCCCUGUAUUUCCAGAUGGUCACCCAUAUCUUCUUUGUUUUGACUUACGCAAGGAGUUGAUGUUCAUUAUUGACAAUUCAGUCCAGCUGAAUCAUCAUCCUGUUGGAAGCAACUAUGAUCUCUUGUGUGAUGUUUUUCGUGCUCUAUUGUCCGAGUUUCUAAACGAUAACGGAGAACAUUUGAGUGCGGCGUCGGUUGAAAAAUCCACAAUUGAAGUUGUUCAACUCAACUGGGCAGAUAAAAACAACACAAUUGAUUCUUCUUUGUAUAUGAUGAGGCAUAUGGAGACUUUUGCUGGAGAUACAUCGGCUAGUUGGAUGACUGGCCUAUUGAAUGCCAGUAACCUUCAUCUACGCAUAUUGAGGG